AUGGAGUCUGGCACUUCCCGCACAGAGGCUGGCCUGACGCUGCUGCUCGCUGACCGUGCGCUGACCCUGAGGACGUUGCACCUGCGCGGCAGCCGGAGGCCAAGGAAGACCCUUGUCCCCGGCCCUGUGGGCAGCUGUGGGGCAUCGGAAGAAGCAGCCGAUGCCAAGCCAGGAGACACAUCCGAAGCAUCAGCCAGGGGGGGGACCCACUCCAAGGUGGUGCUGCUCUCCGAAGAUGGCAAGAUCCUGGCCGAGGCCGAGGGGCCCUGCACCAACCACUGGCUGGUUGGCUCGGACACGUGCCUGGACCGGAUUGACGCCAUGGUCCAAGAUGCUAAAAGGAAGGCGGGGGGCGAUCCACACACUCCGCUUCGUUCGCUGGGUCUCUCCCUGAGUGGAGGGGAGCAGAAGGAAGCCAUCAAGAAGCUCGUUGAGGACAUGAAGACCCGGUUCCCACAUCUGAGCGAGAAUUACUUUAUCACGACCGACGCCGUUGGGGCCAUCGCCACUGCGACCGACAGCGGUGGAGUGGUGCUUAUCUCGGGAACCGGCUCCAACUGCAAGCUGAUCAACCCUGAUGGCUCUCAGAUCAGCUGUGGAGGAUGGGGCCACAUGAUGGGGGAUGAAGGAUCAGCUUACUGGAUUGCCCACCAGGCUGUGAAGAUGGUGUUUGAUGGCCUGGACAACCUGGAGGUCCCACCACAUGACAUCGGCUACGUCAAGCAGGCCAUGUUUGACUACUUCCAGGUAUCCGACCGGAUGGGGCUUCUGACUCACCUCUACAGGACCUUUGAGAAGUCUAAAUUUGCAGGCUUCUGCCAGAAGCUGGCCGAAGGCGCCCAGGCUGGGGAUCCCCUGUGCCGCUACGUUUUCGACAGGGCUGGAGAAGUUCUGGCGCGGCAUAUCGUGGCUGUGCUGCCCAAAAUUGACCAGAUCUUGCUGCAAGGGCACCUGGGGCUGCCCAUCGUCUGCGUCGGAUCCGUGUGGAAGAGCUGGGAGAUGAUGCGGGAAGGAUUCGUCCGGGUCCUGGGCCAGGCGCACAGCCGGCAGCUGCACGGCGCCUUCUCCCGGUUCAGCCUGCUGAAGCUGAAGCAGUCCUCGGCCCUGGGGGGGGCCAGCCUGGGGGCCAGGCACAUCGGCCAGCCCCUCCCUCUGGAUUACGCGGCCAACGUGGACGUCUUCUACAGCCAGUCCUUCGCCUAGAGACGGGCGCCAGGCAGCUCCUGGCCAUCCU